GGGGGGGUGUCUGCCCGGGGCCCUGCACCGAGAGCUGGGGGGGGAUCGCGGACGGACGGAUCCACGCACACACCGAGGCCUGGCGGGGUUGGGCCCGGCCGUUGCGGGGUGCUGGGAUCCGGUAGGGUCGGGGGGGGGGGGGUCCCGGUAAGGGCCCCCUGUCACGGGGGGAGUGGGGCAGGGCUGGGGGGGGGAACCCUCCGGUCACCGGGUGCUUGGGAUAUGGUACGGUGCUGCUGUCACAAGGUGUCUGACCGGGCUGGGGGGGGGACGGGGACCCUCCUGUCAUGGGGGGUACCCAGAUCCGGCAAGUUCCCGCUGUCACGGGGCGUGUGGCUGGGACCCUCCAGUCACCGGGUGCCCGGAUCCGGUAAGGUCCUGCCAUUGCAGGGCACCUGGCAGGGCUGGGGGGGACCCUCCUGUCACCGGGUGCUCAGCCCCGAUCCUGCCGUCACGGUGCACCCGCCAGCCCCAAGGUCCUCCACCACCACCCUGCUGCCCCUUUCCCCUUCGCGCUUCCAUCGAGAGAUUCCCAUCAGCACUGCCUGCCCCCAAAUUCGGAUCGACGAGCACCCACCGUGCCGGGGCUGGUGUCUGUUCGGAACAUCCCGGCGAGACGUGAGGGGAAACCUCACAUCUUGGGCAAACUUGGGUACGGAACGUGCAAUCGUUUGACGUGGCGGAUGGGUUUGCUGAAGGGAAUGUGGAAGUUGGGCUUUUGAUUUCAGGCGUGCGCCGCCCAAACUCGGGAAGUGAAACCGCUCUCAGUCCAUCAGGAUUCUCUGUAAAGAAAGCAAAAUUUUUAUAAUACGCUUUUGGCUGCGGGCAGGGUUUUGUUCGACGCUUAAAUUAAAUCACCUAGUCCUGCUUUCCUUUGAAAAAAAGGAAAUUCCUUAAUUAUACUCCCUAAAAUCCAUCCGGAGCCUCGACGCAGGUUAUUCCUCGCUGAUGUUAAAUACACAGCCCGUUCUUGGGAAUUCUAAAACGCCUUUUGUCCAAGUUGAAGUCGGCUCCAAGCAGCUGCGUUGUUUUGCAGGAGCGAGUCCCACCAGCCCGGGGUUUGUUAUUUUUUUCAGGGAGUACUUAAUUAUGCCUCCCAGGCCUGUGGUUUAAUUGCUUAACGCUCCUGUGUCUUGUUUGAUUUGCUCCCUCUUCUGUUUUGUACAACACAAACGGCCACCUUGGAGCUGGCGCUUGUGUCACGGUGCAAACCGGAGUCGCUGUGCUGACUUCUUUCUUUCCAGCGCCCGUCGUGGUUCGUUCGGUUGCUUUAAUAACGUUAAAAUCACUUGGGUCAUCAUCGAGGUGAAAUCAGCUGACUUUUGGGAGGGCUGGCUCCAGCACCAGGACAUGCACGUCCAGCCCUUCGAAACAGCUACGAGGGAAACUUUGUCGGGCAGAGAGCGAAGGCUGAGCAGGUUCAUCCCGACACGUCACCGGUGGCCGAUCGCUUCCUUUCUCACUGGCCUAUUUUAGGCUGUUUGCCCAGGGAGGAGCAACGCGGCGAUGUCACCAGAUAUGUCACAUUUUCCUGGUUGGAAGCAAACUCAUCUGCGUGACGCAGUGACAGCUGACCUUUGAUAUCUUGCCGUAACAACAAAUAACGCCCGGAACGCCCCAAGAGUUUUGCUUGUACCCUGAAUCCUGGUGUCUCCCCGAGCCGGGGUGUUUCCGUCUCCCUCCUGCGUGGGGGUUUUGGGGCCGUCGGGCUCCUCCCAUUGAAGGAGCAGAAGGCAGGUGAGGUCUCCUGGUCCCGUCCCAAGCAGGCUCCCAGUGAAUUUGUCGGUGUUUGUUGCUCCUGCGCACGCUCCGAAUUUCCUUUUCAGCAGAUUUGGAGCUUGUUCUUCACUUCAGGCGAAUCAGAACAGCAGAACAAAGGUCUGCAUUAUAUUAAAAAGGGAACGGGUAGCUGCAGCGCAUGUCGUUACCUCCUUCUGUUGUUAUGGUCUGCAGAAGAAAAGACCGGGUUUUGAAGGCAAUGCUGGCAAUCAGCUGAAGUUUUGGGGCUGACAGGAGAGGUUUGAGUUAGCAGGAGGCGUGAUCAGCGGCUCCCUGAGCAUGAAGGCACUGAGAGAGGGGUCUGGGGGCACACGGCGAAGCGGUCUGCCAGCCCCGGGGUAAAGCUGCGGUCCCCUCUGGUUCCUUGUCCCCUUUUAUUUCAUCCAAAAUUAAAGUCCAUCAACUAAGGAACCUUUUUCUAAAUAUUAGCGAUUGUGGAUGCAACCAAAAAAAAAAAUCCCUGCUAAGAAGGAUUUUGAAACAAAGGUGCGGAAUUGGGAAUGAAUUUGUUAUUAAUAAAAGCGUAGUGGUGAUGGGAGCCUUCAUCUCUGCCAGUACUGAUGCUCAAAAAGGAUUUGGCUUAUUUAUGAUCGAGCGUAGAACUCAGGCUCGCUGCAGUUCGUCACCUCACGUGAGGUUUGCAAGCGCUGUAGCGAAGGGCUCGCUGUAAAACGUGGGACUUUUAUCCAGAAAAAAGUUUAAUGGAGAGAUCCCACAGGAGCCAAAGACCCGAGUCCUUCCCGGCUGUUUGCAGAUGCUCUGCUCGGGAGAACUCGCCAUUCCCCUGCAUGUCAGGAUAACGCCCAUCUGUUUAAGUGAGGAACGUCUCUGCUGGAAUCGAACGUUUUUGGACUCUCUGCGAUUGCCUGCGAGCGGGACACUGGCCUUUGGGAACGGAUUGCUUCAACCAGCCCCACCGCAAAGCAAACAAAAGGAGCCAGGCUAAGGUGAAUCUCGUCAGAAAGACGGGAGGAGGGCCGCAAUGGUGAUCCAUCACAAAAUGCUGCCGGUGAAGCGAAGAAGACCCCGGCAAGCGUCUUGGACCGGUGCGUCGGUGGCAUCCCUUGUUUCUUCUUUGGCGUUGGGGCCUGGGAGAAACCAGCGCUCCCAGAGCCGAUGGGGGCUUCCAGCUCGCCCCAGUUUUGCUGAGAGACGACUGGCUGAACAGCGGAGACCGGCGUGAAUGUCAUCGAGACUUUGGGGGCUCCCGGUCGCCGUCUUGUAUGUCCGGCGUGUCCUGAUUUGGGGAUUGUGGCAUGACACGUGACUGCUCGGAUGCUGCGUAGCCUUCAAAAAGCAGCGUGCUUUCCCCGAAGGUCGACACACAACGAGAUGGAAAAGAACAGGCGUGCCCAUCUGCGGUUGUGUUUGGAGAAGCUGAAAGGGCUGGUACCCCUCGGACCCGAAGCCAGCAGACACACCACCCUGAGUUUACUAACGAAGGCUAAAUUGCACAUCAAGAAGCUUGAAGACUAUGACAGGAAAGCCGUACACCAAAUAGACCAGCUGCAGCGGGAGCAGCGGCACCUGAAAAGGCAGCUGGAGAAGCUGGGGAUAGAGAGGAUAAGGAUGGACAGUAUCGGCUCCACUGUUUCUUCGGAGCGCUCCGACUCGGAUAGAGGUGAGACCCCCGCGCUCGGGGCAGAGCGGGGCCGGCCGGCGAGAGGUCUGGCCUGUCGUGUUGUAACACUAACCGUUCCUCUUGCAGAAGAGAUAGACGUGGACGUGGAGAGCACGGACGACCUUCCCGCGGACCUCGACUGGAGCAGCAGCAGCAGCCCAAGUGACUCGGACGAAAGAGGGAGCCUGCAGAGCGUCUGUAGCGAUGAGGGCUAUUCCAGCUCUGGCGUGAAGAGGUUGAAGUUGCAGAGCAAUCGCAAGCCUUCUCUCGGUCUAUAAGAAGCAACUCCCUUAGCUGUUUCACCCGUCGCUCUUUCCCUUUUGGAUCUCGUUAGGUAGCACACCGGACUGUCCCACCACUCUCUUGCACGUAAAAAAAUCUUAUCGUACCGCCGACCGAAAUGAAGCUGAGCUUUGCCUAAGUCCCAAAACACCGCGUCGGGCUGCGGGUGGCAAGCUCCUCCCCGGAGCACCCUUCCACUCGCAUCUGCCGGCUUCUCUUCCCGUCCGGAAACUCUUCUCUGUGAGACCGUACAUUCCAGCCACAUUUUGAAGUGCCCGAGAAUAUUGCAGCAGUAACAGCAACCUCAAAAGCCCUCCCCUGGGUUUUUUGGCUUGCUGUCACCACCCGGUAUUCCGGCUCUACUCCGCAUUUGCCCAGCAACAUCACGUACCCGAUAAUCGGCGGCAGGGCCCAAAUGUAGAGUUUUUGGGUGAGGAUAUGAAGGCGGAGCCGGCCUCUAGCGUAGUUUAGAUCCGGGAGAGAGUGGAGGCAAGUCGGCGAUCGGCACACGGAGUGUUUCAGCCACGUCGCAUCUCGGAAUUGCACUGCGAGCCACCGGCAUGUUAGUCGGAGGGCUCCUCUCCGCCGACUCUAAAUAUUCAGGGUAGUAGCGCAGCCAUAUACACCCCAGCCCGGCCCUGCCAUCUUCCCAGAGCGGGAGCCUUUCUGGCAGGGGGAAUGCCGCUCGGGGGGGGCCAUGGGGCUCGACAGCCAUCGUCCCCCCUCUCACAGAGCUUCAGAUUUGGCGCCUUCGGUCUGGGAAGUUUUCUGUCCUACCUAAAACCAAACGGUCCCCGUCCCCGUCCCAUGCGACAUCCCACCUCCUGCGUCACGGCUGCACGUCGCUGUUCUAGGCGAGCGCUCUUGGAAUUUCCUUUUCACACUUCUUGUCUCGGGGACAAUUUUAUUCUACCUCGGAGAGAUGAACAAAGAUUAUCUCCAUCCCUUUAGCACAAAAAACAAAGAUGAUGCCUCAUCUGUUUUACAGAAGCGAUGCCCGGCCCCGUUCAAAUCCAUCGCGCGACAGUUUAGCAAUAACCCGACGGUGAGGGGGAGCGGGGCAGCCUCCGGCCGUCAGCACCCGAGGGGACCCCACGGAUCUCAGCGGCACGUCCGAAGCACUUCUCUGGCUGGCGGGGAUCUUUUCAGGCACUCAAACGGGCUCGCGAAGGAUUUCGGUCACCGCCUUAGGGAGACAAACCCGAACACGCCAAGAAAGGGCCAGACCCCUUCCCAUUGCCCUGACAGCGGGGCAGGGGGGGUCCUCACCUGAGAGCAGACGGAAAUGUACAGAAAACACGCGAGCUAUAAAUAGUAUUUAUUCAUUUUUCUAUGAAACCGAUGUACUGGAGAUAACAUUCUUACGACUUUCUGCUUUUAUAGAUGUUCUGGAAACUUUGAUAUGUAGAGAUCUGCUAACGGAGACGUUUCUUUUCCCCUUGAACCCAUUGAAGGUCUUUUCCACCCCCUCGGCAAACCUCCCACUCGAUCCCCAUCACUUGAUCCCCUACCCCGACCAGCUCCCCCCGGGCACCCGGCGAGGCCCUGGCAUCCGGCGAGGAGCCACUUCGCUCUUCAAGGGCUUUUCUUAGCGGUGGGAGACAAAACCAGGCAUCCCCCCGCGCCCGCGGUCUGUACAAAUCCCUUCAAGAAACACGGAUGCCAAGACGUCGCUACUGCAAAGUGCGAGCAAAUGAACAAUGUAAAACUCUUUUUUUUUUUUUUCUUUUUGUUUUUUGGGGUUUUUUUUUGUUUGGUUUUUUUUUAACAUCCCUAAAUCGAUUUUUGGAUCGUUUGAAGUCUUUGAGAAGCGAGAGGAUGGGAGACGGGGUAGCGGAUUGCUAAAAUCUCCGAAGUUCCAGGUCUUUUUGCGCAUGUUAGGUUUUAAAAGAGAGAAAAUCAACACCACAAGGGAUUUUUUAUUUUAAAGCAGCCAGAAUUUUCCGAUGUCCGACAGAUUCGCACUGACCCGCGGCUCGAAUGCCUUUAGCAUCGGUACGCCCGAGUCCUGGCAGCCAGCCUUCGGCGUGCAACCUCAAAACCCCUACGCUUUCAAAAAGAGGAAAAAAGAGCAAAAAGAUGAAAAGCACAGAGAAAAAGGAAGUGGAAUAUCAGCACUUUGAGGCCGGUGGCUCUGGUAGGCGUUUGCCGAGAGCCCUCCCUCGCCCUCUUCCAGGAACCGCCUCGGGAAUCCUGUUGGAGCCACGGAUCUUGCUGCCAUUGAGCAGGGAAGGGUGUCGGGAAAGCACCGUCAGGGUUAAACGGGAGGUAGAAAACAGUUGAUUUUUGGAUGUCAUUUAGAUAGACCGAGUCUUAAGGUUUUGAUUCGGCAUAAAUUAUUAUUUUUUUCAGUGUUGUGCCUUUUUGAGUUACUUCUGUUAGUGAAACGCUGCAUGGGGGUUGCUUUUUUUCUUUCCCCCCUUUUUCUUUCUGUCCCGAACUAAUAAUUGUCGGACCUUUGCACUGUUGGGAUGUGCUCCUCUCCAGCCUGAGGGCAAAGAGAAACGGGAACCCUCCAAAAUGAUGCACUAACCUGGAAUGAGGCUGGAAAUCCGGCGGUUGAUUCCUGGCGAGCGGCCGGGACCAUCUGCGGCGGCUUUUGGUCUCUCUGGGUCCCCCCUUCGUCAGCCGAGGCGCCCAGCGGCUGUGCCAGCCUUUUCCUGGAAUUCACUGAUCCACCAGCAUUCCUAAGAAAUAAGCUGCAGGAAGGACAUUUUUGUAGAUUGUGAUUAAAAAAAGGGGGCGGGAGGAGCCGCUCGCGCACCCCGCGUUUACGAUGGAUCGUUGCACAGACGGGCGUGAGUCAAAAACACGCUUUUUUGGGUUGGUUUUCUUCUUUUUCCUUGCUGAAGGCAGAUCCCGAACCGCCGUCCUGGGUGGCAAGAGAUGGCACCCACCUCCAGGCAGAGAACGGGAAGCUGCCGGCAACGGGGCUCUAUCCGAGACAUGCCGGAGCCGAUCGCCGCCCCGGCGCUUUGCUCCCCGACUUUUCCCCCCACAUAGCAAUAGGUUCGGGCAUCGCCUGCCUUCGCUUGCUCCCCGGGAAGCAUCGCGUCCUCUCUCUGCCAUGGCACCAGCCAAAAGCCGCGAGCUUUGUUUCAUCCUUUUAAUUUAUCCGGCGCAGUGGCACACGAGCCGUCCGAAAGCAUCCAAGCUAGAACCGUCUGGGCAUUGGUUUGGGGGGGGGGGAGUUUGACAUGUUUUAAUUGCGCUUUUCCAUCUUUUUUUUUUUCCUCUUGUUUCUUCUUUUUGCUUCCCAAGAAGAGAACCCGCUCCGGCAUCGGCUUUAUUUUGGGCAGUCGAGAGCCGGGGAGCGGCAGAUGGGAGAAUAUGAGUUCUGUUUCCAGCUGUUUGGUUCCUGCUGUAAAUACCACAUUGUCAUUCUGAAUCCUGUGUCAAGACCAUCUAAUGGUGCUUUUUAUUACAGUUAGCACACGCAUUUUUAGAAAGUACGUGUUUUAGAAGACCUUUGCUGUGUAUAUGGAUACUUCUGUAUUGUUCAACUGUUAGAAAAUAAAUUAUUUCAUUACGAAAGA